AAAAGAUAUUUCCCGGACUGAUAUAUCUGCAGGAAAAAAUAAAAGAAAAGAAAACGGUGAUGGGGAUAACGGAGGAGCUCCGGUGGACCGCCGCCAAAAUAAUAAACGUCGGUAAAUUUGCCGUUGACUCAGCCGUGAACGAGUCCCUCCUUAGAGGGGGUAUGCAAUUUUAUGCAGUUGUGAAAGGAAAAUUGAAGGGGGGGCCGCCCCCUUCAGACACCCUUUCUAACAACUAUAGGAAGCAAAAUUCAGUAGUGGUGGAAGAAAUGCAAGCAAAACUGGAGAUAAUGCAACAAGAGCAAAGUAACAUGCUGAUCAGAACAGAAGAACAAUUAGGGCAUCUCAAACACUUUUCCGAAGACCCGCCCAAGAGUUCAACGACUGAGUCAACUCGUCGGCCAAAGAUUUUCAUUCGAUCGCGUCUGUAAAAGAGUUUAUUUGUUGUAGUAUAAUAUGCUCCGAUGAUUGUGUGUUGUACAAUGAAACUCGGUAUAUGUGAGUGGGCCAAUCAUACAAGAGCCCAAAGUUUUCGAGCAAUCUAUAUCGGAGCAACUAAAACAACUUGUGGAAUCAUUUAUUUGGUGAAAUAAAAAGUUGUUCACACUU